AUGGUCAACAAUACCGAACUGGACUUAUACUUUGCGGUACCGCUAUCGGAUCUUAUGGGAGAUCCUCUCAAUGUCUGGCAGAGCUCCGAAGAGAGCACUCCUAAGUUAACCGAAUUGACGCUGCAGCAUCUCUCUGUGAUGGCCACUUCUACUCCAUCGGAAAGAUUAUUUUCCAAAGCGAGAAAUACGGCCAGAAAACACGAAACCGUAUUUUAG